GGACCCCAUAGGCUCAGGCCCUGGAAGCUGCCCUCCCGUCCCCGCACCUGCACUGGGGAGGCACUCUUCUGGGAACAGGCUCUGUCAGGGACGCACAACCUGCCCUUCUGGCCAUGGGUGGCGCCGUGGUUGACGAGGGCCCCACGGGCAUCAAGGCCCCGGACGGAGGCUGGGGCUGGGCCGUUCUUUUCGGCUGCUUUGUCAUCACGGGCUUCUCCUACGCCUUCCCCAAGGCGGUCAGUGUCUUCUUCAAGGAGCUCAUGCGUGAGUUUGGGAUUGGCUACAGCGACACGGCCUGGAUCUCUUCCAUCCUGCUGGCCAUGUUGUACGGGACAGGCCCACUGUGCAGCGUGUGCGUGAACCGCUUUGGCUGCCGGCCCGUCAUGCUCACGGGGGGCCUCCUGGCAUCCCUGGGCAUGGUGGCCGCGUCCUUCUGCAGAAGCGUCAUCCAGCUCUACCUCACCACUGGGGUGAUUACUGGCCUGGGUUUGGCGCUCAACUUCCAGCCGUCGCUCAUCAUGCUCAACCGCUACUUCAACAAGCGGCGCCCCAUGGCCAAUGGGCUGGCGGCUGCAGGCAGCCCCGUGUUCCUGUGCGCCCUAUCCCCGCUGGGCCAGCUGCUGCAGGACCGCUACGGCUGGCGGGGCGGCUUCCUCAUCCUGGGCGGCCUCCUACUCAACUGCUGCGUGUGUGCCGCGCUCAUGAGGCCCCUGCGGGCGCCCGGGCCAGUUCCGGGACCCGCGCCGCAGCGGCCGCCACGCCGGCUGCUGGACCUGAGCGUCUUCCGGGACCGCGGCUUCGUCAUCUAUGCCGUGGCCGCCUCCAUCAUGGUGCUGGGGCUCUUUGUGCCCCCCGUGUUCGUGGUGAGCUAUGCCAAGGACCUGGGUGUGCCCGACGGCCAGGCCGCCUUUCUGCUCACCGUGCUGGGCUUCAUCGACAUCUUUGCCCGGCCCACUGCCGGCUUCAUCACUGGCCUGGAGAAGGUGCGGCCCUACUCUGUCUACCUCUUCAGCUUCUCCAUGUUCUUCAACGGCUUCACGGACCUCACGGGGUCCACAGCCAGCGACUACGGAGGCCUGGUUGUCUUCUGCAUCUUCUUUGGCAUCUCCUACGGCAUGGUGGGAGCCCUGCAGUUCGAGGUGCUCAUGGCUAUCGUGGGCACCCAGAAGUUCUCCAGUGCCAUUGGCCUCGUGCUGCUGCUGGAGGCCGUCGCCGUGCUCAUCGGGCCCCCGUCGGGAGGCAAGCUCCUGGACGCGACGCACGUCUACCAGUACGUGUUUGUCCUGGCGGGGGCCGAGGUGCUGGCCUCCUCCCUCGUGCUGGUGCUGGGCAACUUCUUCUGCAUUAGGAAGAGGCCCGAGGCGGCCGUGGAGGAGGAGGAGCGCCGCAAGCCCCCCGCGGACGUGAGGGUAGACUCCCGGGAGGUGGAGCACUUCCUGAAAGCAGAGCCCGAGAAAAACGGGGAGGUCGUUCACACGCCGGAAACGAGCGUCUGAGCCCGGGAGGCCAGCGGGGGUGACGGAGCCGGACAGACUUCAACGCUCAUGUUUAUUUCACAGUCAGGACUAGCUUGGCCGCCCGUGUGUCUCCGGGGAGGUGGUGGGCGGGGAACCGCGUCAUUCCACACUGUGGUGAA